AAAAUGAAAUAAAUUUUAUCAAAAGUUUGACGUUUCUCUGACACGCCUUUUUGUACCCUAACCUUACUUUUCCAAAUGACAUUGACACAAGAUAAUACGAUAGAAAAUUAAAAAGUAAUAAAAUGGAUUAUUAUAAAAUUAAAUUUAAUGCAACCGCUCAUAAAAAAUACCUGCUAAGGAUCCUCCGAGGAUUACCACCUUCCUUGUCAUGCAUGGACACCCACAGAGUAAUUUUAACAUAUUUUGCUGUAUCAGGUCUGGACCUCUUAAACGAAUUGGAUAGUUUCCCCAAUAAACAAGCAACAAUUGAUUGGCUUUACUCAUUACAAGUUUUUGAUGAUUCAGAUCUUGUGAGCGGGUUUCAAGGCUCUUCAACUCUCAACACUGAGUUAAAUAAAGGCCAGAAUGCUUUGUAUAAGUGGGGCCAUAUUGCUACCACUUAUUCCGCUUUAGCCACUUUAGUUAUUUUAAAAGAUGAUUUAGAGAGAGUUCACAGAACGUCAAUAAUCAAAAGUUUGCGGUCUUUGCAACUACCCAACGGCUGUUUCAUGGGGGCCAAAGACGGCACUGAGCAUGACAUGCGUUUCGUCUUUUGCGCCGCUUGCAUUUGUUAUAUUUUAGACGACUUUUCCGGAAUGGACGUCGACAAAACCGUUGAUUUUAUUCUUAAAAGCAUAUCAUAUGACUUCGGUAUCGCACAAGGGCCCCAAUUGGAAUCGCACAGCGGCUCAACUUUUUGCGCCGUGGCUACUCUAGCCUUAACCAAGCAGUUGCACAGAUUGUCUCACUCACAACUGGAAGGAUUAAAACGUUGGUUACUAAACAGAUUUGAGAAUGGUUUUACAGGACGCCCAAAUAAACCCUCAGACACAUGUUACUCCUUCUGGACCGGAGGGGCACUUAAAAUUUUAAACGCAUAUCAAUUUAUUGAAGAAAAGGACAACGACCAGUUUAUUUUAGUGACUCAGGAUCGGAAUGGGGGCUUUUCAAAGUGGGUCAACACGGCGCCUGACGCCAUGCACACUUAUCUAGGACUGGCAGGGCUAAGUUUUAUGAAUGAGACUGGAAUAAGUAGUGUUUUUCCCGACUUGAACAUGUCAACACGAGCGCACGAACAUUUAUUAAGUUUGCAUAAAAAAUGGAGGGGCUGUUGAAACUUAUACAAUACAAUUUUUACAAAUAAAUAUUUACAGUA